AUGGUUUUCCGUGUGACAGAUACUUCUCGCGUUAUCACUCUUCUUUCCAGCGAUAGCAAAUUAAAGCGCAGGGAUUCUCUUGUUGCAAUUGAACUGGACUUCGAAGAAAACCUCGAGAAUGCAACUGUCGACGAUGUGAAAGACUACUGUUCCCGGAUAAUUCCACACCUCGUUAAUUCCAUCACCGACCCUGUCGAAAGCCACCGAGAAAAAUCUCUUCGUAUUCUUUCAAAGCUAUGUGAACGUGUUGAUGCUUCUGACUGUUUUCUUCCUUAUGUAACUCAAGUCUUUGUAAAAAGUCUUGCCUCGAAAGAAUCACUCGAAAUAUCCGAAGAAAUUAGAUUGUGUUCCUUGAAACUUUUACAUCAGAUCUUAUUGAAACUCCGCAAUGGGGCCUGUUAUGUCGCCGAUUUCUGUCUUAUACUGCAAUAUGCCCUGGAGGAUAACUUUCAUGAAGUUAAAAUUGUCUGUUGUGACCUUCUUCGAGUGUUAGCUACUAAGUUUUCUUCGUCAUUCUAUCACUCGGCAGAGCCGGUUUUAAAACCGCUUUUAAAAAAUGUUGUUCACCAGCAACACAGAGUGCGGGUUGCUACUGUUGAAGCAGCCGGCGUGGUUUUUAAACAUUGUAAUGGGAAGUUUGUCGACUACACGAUUGCCCCACUGACACAGCGCCUUUUUGAUCCGUCUCCAGCCGUUCGUCAAGCUGUUGUUAAAGUUGUGGGAGAUUGGCUAUUGAACCUAAUCGAUCGAUAUUCUUACCACGCCAAACUAAUUCCCCUGAUUCUAAGUGGAAAAAUGGAUGAAUCGGAAGACAUCCGUGUGGACGCCGAUUCUCUCUGGCACGACAUCGGUCUGAAGUUUCAGAAAGAAAAUGAAAAUGACCUAAAGGACAAAAUAGAUUUUGAUCUCGGUAAACCUGAGCAUUAUCCUCCGAAUCAAACGCGUCCUAACUUAGGCUGUCGUGAGUUGAUUGGCCGCAACGCGUCGCGCCUCCUGCCGGGUUUGUGCAAUGACCUGCGCGAUUGGCAGGAGGAGACGCGCAGGAAGGCCGCCGGCCUCCUGCCCAUCCUCCUCCUCCACCUCGAGGCCGGUGUCACCCAGCACACCCAACUCCUCGUCAGCGGCCUCGCUACGGGCAUCGGCGACGCCAUCUUGCGCGCCACCUCGGCCACUUCGGGGGCGAGUUCGCUCCACUUGAUUCUCAUGGCGCCCAAACGCCAACUCCCCUGCCUCAGUGGCCUCUUUGUCGACGCUGCGCCCGGCAGUAAAGGCGCCAAAGCCGUUGCUCCCAGUCUCGAAGCAGCCGAGGCGCUACGCGUGAUGCACUUCCUCUUCACCGCGGCACGCUACACCAGCUGCUUUGUCUCACCCAAGGUGUGGUGGAAACUGCUGCACGAAAACGCCCGCCGGUGCUUUGAGGCGACGUCGCCAACCAGCCUGGCCGGCAACUACUUCCUCCUGGCGAACUUGAUCGCCGGCAGUUCGCUGGAGAGUCUCGUCACCAGCGAGGGCAGCACCGACGCCGCCAGUGGUGACGCGUUGGUGUGCCCUCUGCUUCGCGUAACCGCCUUCUUGACUGCUGAGGAGCAGAUCAGCUGUUCGGCUUUCGCGUCAAAGGCGGGUUUGCUGGAGUGCGCCAACGCCGUGACCUGUGUUCUGGCUGACCUUGUCGAGAGGCAUCAACAAGCACAGGCUGCGUCUGGCGACGGAACCGUGCCCGAAGCAACGCCUUCAGCGGGGUGGAGCAAAGUCGCCAUGAAAGUAAAUCUCUCCAUAAAAAAUACUCGCUACUUGUAUGUAGCUAGUAGUCAGUGUGUUAUGCUUGUGUGGGUGUUUGCACCAAUGAGUGCUUCGUGGGAGCAGGGCGCUGAGCGCACAGACUUUGCCGUCGAGUUCAACGACGCGGUUGGCCGCCUGCUGUGUCACCUCGCUCGCCACCGAAGUGCCCUUUCUGCCAGCGCCGGCGAAGUCGCCCGCUGUCCAACGUGUGAACAGCCUCAGGACGAGCCGAUGGACCUGGAGGCCAAGGAGGCCCUCGUAAUUGCUGCGGCCAAACGCUCCGGCCUCGUUCUUGAACGUCUCUACGGCAGUCAGCUGCCUCAAGUGCGUGCUCCUCUCACUCGCCCAUCACCAGGGCUUUGCAUCGUUCUCAUUUUGUCCUCUGUGUCUUGGUCGUCUUGGCAGCUCCUACGGCGUCUGGACGAGGCUCGUCGCAACGGCGACGGCUGGCACGCCAAGUCAGUCGGUUUGUCCAUCUUCUGCCACGCCGUGCUCUCCGCGGGUCCCGGCAUCCUGACCGACCUCGAGCCCGCCUGUCGGUGCUGCUGCAAGUCCCCGCCACCGGUGCCCGUCGCGUCGGAGGACAGCUGCCUCCUCCUCACCCUCCGGCUUCUCGAAAAUGGCUGCAAGCUAAACCAACCCCUGGACGUCAAGGGCAGGGGCGACGACGACGGCAAGAGCCCCAACCCGAUGUGCAUCUCUGCGGAGGCCGAACUGCACCUUCGCGGUCUGCUGCUUCUCAUCCGCCUCACCGAACACGCCCGAGUUAGGCUCAUUCUCACCCAGCCCAAGCUCUUCCGCUACUGCCUCACCAAGCUGAUCCUGCCGUCGUGUGUGUGGCGAGCCGGGCGCACGGCGGAGGCGAUGCGCAAGGCCGCGGCGACCAGUCUGGUGGCGCUGCUCGCCGCCGUCGUGCCUCUUCGCCCGCCGAGUAAACGCGAGGGCGACACGCCAACGCACGAGGCCAUCAACCGCACUGAGGGCGCUCUCGACGACUGGGUGAACCAGCGCGUCGCGCCCACUAAGGGCAAGCUCACGGAGUUGCUUGGCAAGAAUGGUCUAAUGAGCCGUCGCGUGCGUCUCAUUGAGCCGCCACCGCCAGCGACCAAAGGCGUCGCCGACACCCGCCAACUCGCCAACCUCGGUUUGGUGAGCGCGGCGUCGCCCCGGCUUCUCAGCCUCCUUCUUGCCCGCCUCGGUGGCUUGCUGACGGACGACGUGGAGGCGACGCGUCUGCUCGCCUGCACCGGUCUAGCGCUUCUCUUCGGUGGCAUCUACUCUGGCGGGAGCGAGGAGGCGGUGGGGAGUGUGGGCGAGCCGACGCCUGACCAGCGCUACGUGCCCGGUGCUUUCCUGCGCUCGCCCGCUUGGUUUCUUCCUCUGCUCGACACCGAUGGGGUGGAGGAGGUGGAUAUUGAGGGCUACGGCGACAAGAUGCCCGGCCUAACCACCCCCCUUCCCGGUUCGCUCGGAGACAAGGUGUACAAGUUCUAUCCGUGUCUACUCAAAGCUCUCGAUGAUGCCUCUGAUGAGGUUCGACUUCGGGCUGCCGACGUCUUUGUCACGUGGUUCUGGGUGAUGGCACCGAAUCUCACGGAGCGUCCACCUCCAGUUGCUAAAACCACCGCCGCCGCCACCGCCGCAGCAGCACCGCCUCCUACUGAGGACUCGAAAUCGCGUUGCAUCAACCCGGUCUUCUCGUCUGUGUUUGAGGAUUUGUGCUCUAGCAUUGUGGUGCAUUUGGACGACUCAGACGGCCUGAUUCGCGCCGCGGUGGCUCGAAUCGUCCUCCGCAUGGCUCAACUCUCUCCCGCGACCGUGCAAAAAGUUCUAAGUAGUGCUCGGGAGCGCCAUCGAUCGCCCGAACUCUGCGAGGCUCUUCUUGAAACGUUGAAUUGGACCUGCAUUUAA